CAUCCCUUUUGUCCCGUUUGAUUUUUUCGUCGUUUUCUUUUUAGUGUCCUAUGGAGGAUCUGGAGCUGCACGUGGAAGUCGACGACGUGAUGUCCCAAAUCGAUCUCGAUUGCUUCUUCGGCGACCUCCCGGACGCCGGCGACGUGCUCGGCGCUUGCCCCCCUUCGUCGUCGGCGGAGGGCGCCACGCCGUCUCCGGACUCGGGGCUCUCGUGGAUCGACGAGAUCGAGAGCAUCCUGAUGAGGGACGAGGGGGAGGAGGAGGAGGACGGAGAGGGAGUCGGUGGCGGCGGCGGCGAUGGGGUUAGGGCGGAAUCGAGCCAGGAGUUUUGUGACAGGUUCAUCUUCGACGUGCUCGUUGACUCCCCCGGCGAUGGGUGCGCCGAGAUUGUCGACGUGCCCGGCGACAAGGAGGAGCCGGGCUCGUCGGAUGACGGCGGAGCCGAGGCCGCGAGGGCUGAUGAGGCUGACGACGGCGAUGAAGCCGGUGAUCCCGCGACGAAGAAGCUGAGGAGAAAGCUGAGGAACAGGGAUGCUGCCGUUAGGUCGAGAGAGAGGAAGAAAAUGUAUUUGAAAGAUCUGGAGGUGAAGAGCAAAUAUCUGGAGGGGGAAUGUAGGAGACUUGGGAGAUUACUUCAGUGCGUUAUGGCUGAAAACCAAGCUCUGCGUUUUAGUUUGCAGAACAGUGCAUGUGGUGCUAAUGUGGCCAAGCAGGAGUCUGCCGUGCUCUCGGAACCCCUGCCGCUGGGUUCCCUGUUUUGGUUCCUAUGCAUCACAUGCCUAUUUACCCUGCCCACGCCACUCUUGCUGGCACUGGAAGCAGUGUUGCGGGAAAACGCAGGAAAGGGAAAUCCGAAACCUCUGGCUCCAAGAGGAGCAAGAAGUGAGAUGUUUGGAUCCUGUGGGGUACAAACCCUGGACAAGAGCAGGAAAUACAAAGCGUCGAGGACGAAGAUGAAGGAAGGAUUUUUGUUGCCCCGAGUUUUGGCAUAGGUCGAGUCUCUUCUUUGCGACUUUCGACCGAUUUCCCGCACCGGGGUUUGUCUUUGUUUCUCGUUCCGUGGUUUAAAAUGGUGUAAGAUAUUUGGAAUUAUUGCUAGGAGAUGAGGACUUUUGAGGAGAUCCGAACUAGUAAGUAAUCCCCCAGAACCACACCCAUGAUCGGCCCAUAUAAUUUUAGCAGUUUUCCUUUUGCUAAGUCGUUCAUAUUUUGGUUCAGCGCCUUUCUAUGUAUAUCCUUUCGCAUUUGCUUGUGUCAUAUGGCUGUUCUGUUCGAGACCUCCAAACUUAGAUUUGGGGCUUAUGCGGGUGGGAAGAUCAUAUUUUGUUGCUACAAUGAUAUCUAACAAUGAUCUUAUUUUGUUUA